CAACGACACCAGCUCGUUUUACCACACUCUACACCACCCAAUUCUACCACCAUCUGGAAACACGUACGCGAUCGGCUUUCGAGAGGUCGCACACAUGCGCCAUUUUUGACUGACCGACUUGGAACACACACCCCACGCCUCCCCUCUCUCGCUAAUUCUGGCUUUACGUGAGGCAAUUUUUGCUGCUCUGGAUUACCACACGUCAGGGCGCGACAGCGAAUACACACCAAACACCUUCAAAUUGGCGGGGAAUCCAGGAGCCCAGUUCUUCCAGAUUCGACCUCUCCUCGGACCAGUCUGGUUCGUUGGGGGCGACAUUAAGCAACCUCCAUAACCUGACCGGACGGAGUUCACUAUAGAUUGCGACACAGCGCGAUCACCACGCAAGCAUACAUUAGAACCGAUGGGAUAAUUGAAAGCCUGAGGGAAGGCGAGUGCGGGUCCAGGGACGACCUGGCUCACAACUGGGAAUUGAGAAUCGUCCGUCGAAAGGACAGGGAGCACUACCCACCAGGAGGAACAGGAGCAGUAGUCAUACAUCGAAUCACUGUGUUACAAUACCACUACAGACCAGCAAAAUGAACUACCCACGGUCUGAAAGAUCUCAGACGCGAUACAGCACGCCCGAGCCGGACUUGGACGACCACCGGAACCAGCCAGAGAGCCUUCCGCCUGCGCCUGCUACGGAGAGCUAUUUUCAAGCACGACGCGGUACCUUGGCAAGCAUCGUCGACAACGAGCGCCCACCGAUUCCUAGGGUGGUUGUGCCAAUUGAGGCGCAUGGAUCGAUUGCACGGGACUUCGAAAACGCCAUUGUGGACGACGACAAAAGUACCAAAAGCAACGUCACCAAGAAGUCGGCCAAUGGCCGCUCUCCAGACGAAGACUGGCACCGCGAGCGACGCAUGCACCAUGAGAGACGAGGUACUGCAAGUCCUGUUCCAGCAAGGCGGGCUAUGUUCAGACGGCCCAACAACGAAGGCGACGCCAAUUCUAUUCGCUCGCAUGCCUCGGAUGGCUCCACGUCGCCACCAAAUUCCGUGGACGCAUUUGCGCCGCCAUUGAGGCGCGGUCGGGCUGGCACCAUGAAUAGUCGAGCACCCUCUACAGCAGCGUCCCUGCACCGGACCGUCUCAAAUGCCACUCAUCCAAGAAGACGGCCGACUUUUGGCGAAGAGGAUGCGCCAGGACGCCUGAAGUCCGAUGUUGCUUCUCAUCGCAGCUCUGCGAUUGAAGAUGUAUGCUUUCCACCCGAGGAUCCACCAAACACAUACACGAUUGACUUUGAGGAUCUUGAAGAGUUCGUUGCGGAAACUCACACCAAGACUCCUGUGGCGCAUCCAUUCUUGCCACAAUUUGCCAAGACAGCAUCGUCGAAGCGAGUGUUCGGUGAUCAACGCAGCGGCUCCCAGCCAACCCAUUUCUUCGGCCUUGGUAAUGGCGCCGCUGAUGACAACGAAAAGACAGAGGAAGAAAGGGGUACGUCUAGUGAGGAAGAGACUGGUGAUGGUGGUCUUCAUAGGACUGCAAGCACUAUCGAUCUUCCUCUCAACCGCUGGACAUUCUUCUCAUCCGAGAUUGAUGAGACGAUCCAUGCACCAGAGCUGGGCGGUCUCCUCAUGCCUGGCGAGACGUUCCGCGAUAUCUUCGAGCUUGGUCCAGAAGGCGGUGUCUGGUGGCUCGACAUGCUCAACCCAUCCGAAGAAGAGAUAUUCGCGAUCUGCAGUGCCUUUCGUGUGCAUCCUUUGACCCGUGAGGACAUCACCACUCAAGAGACACGCGAGAAAGUGGAGCUCUUCAAGACGUAUUACUUCUUAUGCUUCCGGUCAUGCUACAUGGUCGACCCGAAGCACGAAGACUAUCUGGAGCCGAUCAAUAUCUAUGCUGUGGUGUUCCGCGAAGGCCUGCUGACAUUCUCCUUCUGCCCGAAUAACCAUGCUGCUACUGUGCGGAAGCGUAUCGGACGUCUUCGUGAUUACGUCAAUUUGUCUGCGGACUGGAUCUGUUACGCCCUGAUUGAUGAGAUUGUCGACUCCUUUGCACCUGUGCUUCGUGAGCUCGAGCAAGAAACCGACACGAUCGAAGACUCCGUCUUUACUGCACGUUUUGAAGAUUCCCGUGCCAUGCUUCAAGGCAUUGGCGAGUGUCGUAAGCGCAUCAUGGCUCUGGCUCGUCUUCUCGGUGGCAAGGCAGACGUCAUCAAGUCCUUUGCAAAGAAGUGCAACGAAUCUUACGCCGUCGCUCCACGCGGAGACGUUGGACUGUACUUGUCUGACGUCCAAGACCAUAUUGUCACCAUGAUGUCCAACCUGGGGCAUUUCGAAAAGAUGCUCAGCAGAAGUCACACCAACCAUUUGACGCAAAUCACCCUGCAGCAUACCGAGCAAGGCUCCCGCGCCAACGAACUUCUCGGCAAGAUUACAGUGUUGGCUUCCAUUUUAGUGCCGAUGAAUUUGGUUGCCGGUCUCUUUGGUAUGAACGUAACUGUGCCUGGUAGUGCGGAUUCUCACCCUGGGCUCGGAUGGUGGUUCGGCAUUGUUGGUGUUGUGUUUGGACUGGCCAUUACUUGUCUGGUUCUUGCAAAGAGAUUCAAGUACAUAUGAGUGGUGUUUUGUUGGCGGGAUAUGCUGAGUAAUGUGUGUGUGGUUACAUGGCCUGUGCUGGUUACGAAUAUGUUUUGGCAUCAGUCGAGAAGUUGUCGACGGUAAAUAGAGGACAGUCUUUGAUACACAGAUACGAUCAGUCAAAUAUACAUUCGAUGCGC